CUUCUUCUCUCCAAAAAAAAGGAGGAAACUUGCACGCCUGUCCCUAUCUUCCACAAAGCAAACUAUCGUCGCCUGUAUUUCGGUGAAAUCUACAACACCACUGGCUACUACUUCUACAACGCUUACGCCUAUGCAGACUACUGCGUUACUCCAGAGGGUGAAUGCUUGGGCGUGUUGGAGAUUCAAGAAUAUGUGGACAUAUUUGGCUUUCACUUUUACGAUAAGGCUGGAAGAGAGGAUGCAACAGACUCCGGUUUGGAACAGAGGUUCUACAUCGCAGGCAUUGAAAUAGUUACACCUUGAUGUGCUGUCAAUGAGUUAGUGGUUGUGAUUGUAUCAAUAAGCGGCAAUAAAGCUUUUGGGGC